AAAAGGAAGAGCUUUUGGCAUCCAGGUAGAGAGAGACAGAGAGACAAGCUGACCGGAGAAGAAGAAGUCGAACUUUUGUCUGAAAAAAAGAAAAUGGAUGGGAACUUUCCUCAAGGAGGUGUGGCUCGUGGUGGAGCUUCUUCCUACGGAGGAUUCGAUCUACAAAGCUCCAUGAGAGUUCAUCAUCACCACAACUCUCAACAGCUUCACGAAGGUCUCCCCUUUACUAUGGCCACAGCUCAAGCCUGUGAUCAUCAUCACAACAACAUCCCCAUCACCGAGCAACAAAGAGAAAAGAACAACUCAGUGAGUGAUGAUGAUGAAGAGGAAGUUGGUGGUGAAAAGUCAACCAAAGGCUCUCCAUGGCAACGAGUGAAGUGGACUGAUAAGAUGGUGAAGCUAUUGAUAACCGCUGUGUCUUAUAUAGGCGAUGAUUCGAGUAUGGAUACUGGUAGUAGAAGAAAGUUUGCUGCUUUACAGAAAAAGGGAAAGUGGAAGUCUGUUUCAAAAGUUAUGUCUGAGAGAGGCUACCAUGUUUCUCCUCAGCAGUGUGAGGAUAAGUUUAAUGAUUUGAAUAAACGGUAUAAGAAGCUUAAUGAUAUGCUUGGGAGAGGGACUUGUUGUCAGGUUGUUGAGAAUCCACAGCUUUUGGAUUCUAUUGGGUACUUGAAUGAUAAAGAGAAGGAUGAUGUUAGAAAGAUUAUGAGUUCUAAGCAGUUAUUCUAUGAGGAGAUGUGUUCUUAUCAUAAUGGGAAUAGGUUGCAUUUGCCUCAUGAUUUUGCUUUGCAGCGUUCGUUGAAGCUGGCGCUUAGGAACAGAGAUGAUGGUGAUAAUCAUCAUCAAGUUGAGGAUGUUGAUGAUGAUGAUGGGGAAGGUGAUGAGGGUGAUGAGUAUGAGGAGCAGCAUGGGGGUUGUAGGGGAGUUCAUUAUGGAGGUGGUGGUGGUGGUCCUUUGAAGAAGGCUAGACAGAGUCAUAGCCAUGAAGAUGUUGACCAUUCUCUGGAAUGUAAUAAGCUCUCUCUGGCUCAAAUGCCGUUUCCUCAAGGUGGGGAAGAGGGUGAGAGAUCAGCUUUGAUGCAGAAGCAGUGGAUUGAGUCUCGGACUCUUCAGUUAGAAGAGCAGAAGCUUCAGAUCCAAGUUGAGUUGCUGGAAUUGGAGAAACAGAGAUUCAGGUGGGAGAGGUUUAGUAAGAAAAGGGAUCAGGAACUGGAGAGAAUGAGGAUGGAGAAUGAGAGAAUGAAGCUUGAGAAUGAUAGGAUGGGAUUGGAGUUGAAACAAAGGGAAUUGGGUGUUGAGUUGUAGCAAAACUGUCUUCACUUCUCUUUAUUGGUAUAUAUAAGUUUGCUGAUGAUGGACUCGUUUAUGCUGUUGUAAGCUUGAUUUGAAAUGAUCUCGAGACUUUGAUGUGAGAGAUCAUGUGUAUGCAUCUGUGAUGGAGGUAGUGGUCAAUACUAGCAGUUCUCCCAGGCUUUGCCUUAACUUCUCAACUGGUUUUUUUCAUCAUUUUGCUGUAUUAUUCUUGAUAAGUCAAAGAUUCAGAAUGUAACAAAUGUCUGUCUCAUAUUCUAUUUCAAAAACAUGGAUUUUUCAAUUUUGAAACCAACUCAACUUCUUGGUCUGUAACUUCUGUGUAAACGUCUUUGGCUUGCUCUGCUUCAUGCACCUGUGAA